AUGCCUGAGGAGACACAGACCCAAGACCAACCAACGGAGGAGAAGGAGGUUGAGACGUUCACCUUUCAGGCAGAAAUUGCCCAGUUGAUGUCAUUGAUCAUCAAUACUUUCUACUUGAACAAAGAGAUCUUUCUGAGAGAGCUCAUUUCAAAUUUAUCAGAUGCAUUGGACAAAAUCCUGUAUGAAAGCUUGACGGAUCCCAGUAAAUUAGACUCUGGGAAAGAGCUGCAUAUUAGCCUUAUACCAAACAAACAAGAUCGAACACUCACUAUUGUGGAUACUGGAAUUGGAAUGACCAAGGCUGACUUGAUCAACAACCUUGGAACUAUCACCAAGUCUGAGACCAAAGUGUUCAUGGAAGUUUUGCAGGCUGGUGCAGAUAUCUCUAUGAUUGGCCAGUUCAGUGUUGGUUUUUAUUCUGCUUAUUCAGUUGGUGAGAAAGUAACAGUGAUCACCAAACAUAACAAUGAUGAACAGUGUGCCUGGGAGUCCUCAUUAAGGGGAUCAUUCACAGUGAGGACAGACACAGGUGAACCUAUAGGUCAUGGAACAAAGGUUAUCCUACCGCUACAAGAAGACCAAACUGAGUACUUGGAGGAACGAAAAAUAAAGGAGAUUGUGAAGAAACAUUCGUUUAUUGAAUAUCCCAUCACUCUUUUUGUGGAGAAGAAACAUGAUAAAAAAGUCAGCAAUGAUGAGGCUGAAGAAAAGGAAGAUAAAGAAGAAGGAAAGGAAAAAGAAGAGAAAGAGUCCGAAGACAAACCUGAAAUUGAAGAUGUUGGUUCUGACGAAGAAGAAGAAUAAAAGAAGGAUGGUGAUAAGAAGAAGAAGAAGAAGAUUAAGGAAAAGUACAUCGAUCAAGUAGAACUCAACAAAACAAAGCCUAUCUGGACCAGAUAUCCUGAUGACAUUACUAAUUAGGAAUACAGAGAAUUCUACAAGAGCUUGACCAUUAACUGGGAAGAUUACUUGUCAGUUGAAGGACAGUUGGAAUUCAGAGCCUUUCUAUUUGUCCCACGACUUGCUCCUUUUGAGCUGUUGGAAACCAGAAAGAAAAAGAACAAGACCAAAUUGUCUGCACACAGAGAUCUCAUCAUGGAUAACUCUGAGGAGCUAAUCCCUGAAUAUCUGAACUUCAUCAGAGGGGUGGUAGACUCGGAGGAUCUCUCUCUAAAUAUUUUCCAUGAGAUGUUGCAAUGAAGCAAAAUUUUGAAAGUUAUCAGGAAGAAUUUGGUCAAAAAAUGCUUAGAACUCUUUACUGAACUGGCAGAAGGUAAAGAGAGGUACUAGAAGUUCUAUGAGCCGUUCUCUAAAAACAUAAAGCUUGGAAUACACGGAGACUCUCAAAAUCAGAAGAAACUUUCAGAGCUGCUAAGAUACUACACAUAUGCCUCUGGUGAUGAGAUGGUUUAUCUCCAGGACUACUGCACCAGAAUGAAGGAAAACCAGAAACAUAUCUAUUAUAUCACAGGUGAGACCAAGGACCAGGUAGCUAACUCAGCCUUUGUGCAACGUCUUUGGAAACAUGGCUUGGAAGUGAUCUACACGAUUGAGCCCAUUGAUGAGUACUGUGUCCAGCAGUUGAAGGAAUUUGAGGGGAAGACUUUAGUGUCAGUCACCAAAGAGGACUUGGAACUUCCAGAGGAUGAAGAAGAGAAAAAGAAACAGGAAGAGGGGGGAAAAAAAAAAACACCAAAGUUUGAGAACCUCUGCAAAAUCGUGAAAGACAUUUUGGAGAAAGUUGAAAAAGUGGUUGUGUCAAACCGAUUGGUGAUGUCUCCAUGUUGUAUUGUCUCAAGCACAUAUGGCUGGACAGCAAACAUGGAGAGAAUCAUGAAAGCUCAAGCCCUAAGAGACAACUCAACAACAGGUUACAUGGCAGCAAAGAAACACCUGGAGAUAAACCCCGACCAUUCCUUUAUUGACACCUUAAGGCAAAAGGCAGAGGCUGAUAAGAAUGACAAGUCUGUGAAGGAUCUGGUCAUCUUGCUUUAUGAAACUGCGCUCCUGUCUUCUGACUUCGGGCUGGAAGAUCCCCAGACACAUGCUAACAGGAUCUACAGGAUCAACAAACUUGGUCUGGGUACUGAUGAAGAUGACCCUACUGCUGAUGAUACCAGUGCAGCUGUAACUGAAGAAAUGCCGCCCCUCGAAGGAGAUGACGACACAUCACGCAUGGAAAGGUAG